AAUCUAAUAGUAAAAAAAAAUAGUAUUCAAUAGUUGACACUGACAAUGUUUACUAGUUAAAGAAUGGCGUGUGCUGCUUUCAUAGGAAGUAAACACAAGUAAAUUUGUAAGCUGGUUCUUAAUUUUAUUUACACCUGUAAUAAUUUUGCUAAGAUGGAAACUAUUCUAGAGCAACAACGUAGAUAUCAUGAAGAAAGGGAGAGGCUUAUGGAUGCAAUGGUCAAAGAAAUGCUUCACAAGAAAACAGGCUAUCGUGAAGUUAUAAACUCUGAUCAGCGUUUGAAAAUAUUACUUGAUCACUACAUGGACAGCACAAACAACUUGAGAGAGUUGUACGAGGACAAAGAUGGCGUGAGGAAGGAAGAAGUGGCGGCGUUGUCCGGCCCGAAUGAGUUCGCAGAGUUCUACAUGCGACUGAAGGCCAUCAAGGAUUUUUACAGACGUCUGCCGAACGAGGUGAGCGUUCCCAUGUCUAUUGAGUUUGAAGAACUAGCCAAACUGCGAGAAAACCCAACAGAGGAACAAGCAAAUAUGGUGGAGUUCACUGACGAGGAAGGUUAUGGCAAAUACCUCGACCUCCAUGAAUGUUACGUGAAAUACAUCAAUCUUAAGGGAGUCGAGAAAGUGGACUACAUCACGUACCUGACGACAUUCGACCACCUGUUCGACCUCCCGAAGGACCGCAAGAACUCCGAGUACCGCAAGUACCUGGAGAGCCUGCUGGACUACCUGCAGGGAUACCUGCAGCGCAUCAAGCCCUUGCUGGACCUGAGCGGCGAGGUGGAGACGGCCCGGCGCGGCUUCCUGCAGCAGUGGGACGCCGGCACCUUCCCGGGCUGGCCGAAAGAAGCGGGCAGCGCGCUGACCCACGUGGGGGCUCACCUCGACCUGUCGGCAUUCUCGUCGUGGGAGGAGCUGGCGUCCCUGGGGCUGGACCGGCUCAAGUCCGCCCUCAUGGCCUUGGGGCUCAAGUGCGGGGGGACUCUGGAGGAGAGAGCCCAGCGCCUGUUCAGCACCAAGGGCAAGAAGUCCCUGGACCCUUCGCUGUUCACCAAGAACAAGCCCGGGAAGGUCGGGCGCGGCAAGGACGCGGAACGACAGAAGGACAUCGCCUUCCUGGAAGCACAGGUGUACAGAUUCACGGAGCUGGUGUCGGAGCAGCGCAACGCGACCAAGGAGAACGUGCAGCGAAAGCAAGCCCGCACGGAAGGGGAGAGGGACGACUCUGACGGCGACGCGAGCGCGAGCGAGUCGGACGAAGAGGAUGACUCCGACGUGCCGUACAACCCCAAGAACUUGCCCCUCGGUUGGGACGGGAAGCCCAUUCCAUAUUGGCUGUACAAACUUCAUGGACUGAAUAUAAGUUACAACUGCGAGAUAUGUGGAAACUUCACCUACAAAGGACCCAAGGCUUUUCAGAGGCACUUUGCUGAAUGGCGACAUGCUCACGGUAUGCGUUGCCUCGGCAUUCCCAACACUGCCCAUUUUGCGAAUGUCACCCAGAUAGAAGAUGCUCUAGCUUUGUGGGAGAAGCUCAAGUCGCAGAAGCAGAGCGAGCGCUGGCAGCCGGAGCAAGAGGAGGAGUACGAGGACUCGCUGGGGAACGUCGUCAACAAGAAGACCUACGAGGAUCUGAAGAGACAAGGGCUCCUCUAGAGCGGGCUGCAUCGCAAGAUGGCAGUCAUUUGUCUCGUCUGAGUUUUUUUUAUUACUGUGACUUUGUAUCUUGUUCUCAGUCUGUGUAUCCCAAUAUGUUUAGUAAUUGAUGUCAAUGUAAAUGUCAGACUUAUGUUUUCUGCCAGGAUUUUUUUUUUUUCCGAAAUUUUUCAGAUUUUUUGUAUACUGGUAACAGAAAAUAUAAACAUAAUUGAACUGUGUAA